AGAAUCUGUUGGGCCCCACGUUUGUCCACCCUCUGCCUCUUGUCCCUGCUGCUGUGACCAUGUGGGGUACACCUAGGCCCGAUCUAACAUCCCUCUUGGCUCUCCUUACCUCAGGAGGGGCACAGCAGUUAACUGGAGUGAGGCACGUCUUUUAUGUUCUGGGAUGGUUAGAUAUGGACAGCCAGCUGUACUGUGUGGAAUUUUGCCUGCCCAUUCCACUUAAAUCCCCUGUGGUCAGUGCUUGGGUAUUGGAUGAAGUAGUGUGGCCAUCUAGGUGAGGGGUACCACGUGUGACUGUCAACGGUGUUCACCAUGAUCCUUCAGCCAUCCGGGAGCAGUGUGAUCCUUCCCCCUCAAAAGCUUUCCUGUGGGGCCUGAGAUGCAGGAUCCACUGAAAGCUGUCUCCUGAGGAAGGAUGACUUAGCAGUUGAGAGCACUGGCUGCUCUUCCAGAAGAUGGGGGUUCAAUUCCCAGCACCCACAUGGAAGCUCACAACCAGCUGUAAUGUAACUUCAGUUCCAGGGUAUCUGAUGCCCUCUUCAGGCCACUGGGCAUUAAGUCCCUGUAGUACACAAACACAACACUUUUUUUUGGGGGGGAAUAAAUUUUGCUAUGUAGCCUUGGCUGACCAGGAACUUGGUAGAGAUCCCCCUGCGUCUGCUUCCCCAGGGCUGGGAUUAAAGGCAUUCACCACAGAAACUGUCCUGGGACAUUGACUCACUAUGAGCCUAGUAGCUGGGUUGAGCAAACACCCUCCUCACUGGUGGUUGAGUUCCCGUCUCACACCUGAAAGGCAGCUCCGGCCUCUAGGGGCGCCUGGCUUGCCAGGCAGAGGCUAACAGUUCUGUAGGUAACCCCAUUGGCCCAUCCCUAGUCUGGGGCAAGAGGCCAGGGUGAAGUACAACCUGAUCGAUCACUCCAGCCCUGUUUGGAGUUGCUAUUUUGCCUUUGCCGCUGUUAGUUGAGGUCCACUAUCCUGUAAGAACCAUCGCAGGGGCAAGCGGCUGGCUAGCUGGAGUCAAGGAGGCUGGGGUAGGGGUGUACCUGUCCUCUACUGUGCUGGUUUGGGUCCCUGGAACUCUUUAUCAGUGAAGGUGGCUCGCCCCGCCCACUGCUGCCAGGAAAGGCCCCGCCUCUGGGUCAGUUAGUUCCCUGGACCAGUGCCCUGGGGGGCGGAGUAGGACGCCAUUAGCCAGGCUUGUCAAGCUGGUACCGUGCAGAAUUGCGAUGGAGCUGGACGGGGAGCGCGCAGUGGUGCGGCCACUGCUCACCGACCUCUACCAGGCCACCAUGGCGCUGGGCUAUUGGCGCGCAGGCCGGGCAUGCGAGGCAGCCGAGUUCGAGCUCUUCUUCCGCCAGUGCCCGUUUGGAGGCUCCUUUGCCUUGGCUGCCGGCCUGCGGGACUGCAUGUGCUUCCUGCGCUCCUUCCGUCUGCAGGACGCAGACGUGCAGUUCCUGGCUUCAGUGCUACCCCCAGACACUGACCCUGGGUUCUUCGAGCACCUUCGGGCCCUUGACUGCUCUGGGGUGACGGUGCGGGCCCUGCCAGAGGGUUCCCUCGCUUUCCCUGGUGUGCCGCUGCUGCAGGUGUCUGGGCCCCUCCUCCUGGUACAGCUGCUGGAGACUCCGCUGCUGUGUCUGGUCAGUUACGCUAGCCUCGUAGCCACCAACGCUGCUCGGCUUCGCCUGAUUGCAGGGCCGGAUAAGAGACUGCUCGAGAUGGGCUUGCGUCGAGCUCAGGGUCCAGAUGGGGGCUUCACGGCCUCCGUUUACAGCUACCUGGGCGGGUUCAACAGCAGCAGCAACACCCUUGCUGGACAACUGAGGGGUGUGCCCGUGGCAGGGACCCUGGCGCACUCCUUCGUCACUUCAUUUUCGGGUAGUGAGGUGCCCCCUGACCCGAUGUUGGCUCCAGCUUCUAGUGAGGGCCCCGCAGUGGACCUGACGGCCAGUGUCAAUUUGUGGCUGAAGCGUGUGUGCAGCUAUCUGGGGUUGGAGGUACAGGAGCCACAUCCAGGGGAAAGGGCAGCAUUUGUGGCCUAUGCUCUGGCCUUUCCCCGGGCUUUCCAGGGCUUGCUGGAUUCCUACAGUGUACGCAGGAGUGGUCUUCCCAACUUUCUGUCCGUAGCCCUGGCACUGGGGGAGCUGGGCUACAGGCCAGUGGGCGUGAGGCUGGACAGUGGUGAUCUGCUUCAGCAGGCACAGGAGAUCCGUGGGAUCUUUCGAGCUGUUGGUGCCCAGUUCCAGGUGCCCUGGCUGGAAUCUGUCCCCAUUGCUGUCAGCAACAACAUCGACGAGAAGGAGCUAACACGACUGUCCCAAAAGGGCAGUGAGGUGAACGUCAUUGGCAUCGGUACCAGUGUGGUCACCUGUCCCAAACAGCCCUCGAUGGGCUGUGUCUACAAGCUGGUGUCUGUGGGAGGCCGGCCUCGGAUGAAGCUGACAGAGGACCCCGAGAAGCAAACCCUGCCGGGGAGCAAGGCUGCCUUCCGGUUCCUCGGCUCCGAUGGGUCUUUCCUCCUGGACCUACUGCAGCUGGCAGAAGAGCCUCCACCCAAGGCCGGGCAGGAACUCAGGGUUUGGCCCCGAGGGGCCCGGGAGCCCUGCACUGUGAAGCCAGCCCAGGUGGAGCCGUUGCUGAGGCUCUGCCUGCAGCAGGGACAGCUGUGUGAACCACUUCCAACUCUGGACGAGUCCAGAACCUUUGCCCAGCAGUCCCUGGGCCGCCUCGACCCUGCUCAUAAGCAGCUGCAGAACCCUACAGUGUAUCCGGUAGGGCUUGUGGGGGGGGGGGGCUGCCCUGUGUGUCCUACGGGCCGCGGGCCCUGCUCCCCAACCCCAGCUUCCCGUAUCCCUCUUUUUCUCUCCACAGGUUGCGCUGUCAGAGAAGCUGCGGGCCCUGGUAGACAGUCUGAGUGCUGGGGGGCCCUUGUGAAAAAUUACAGGGGUGGUGAGGUGCCGGAAAUAACACGACUCGCUGUCCCCACAAAUUGUCGUGUGUCGUUAAUUCACAGAUUUCUGCUGCUCACUUGACUUCCAGGGA